AUGGCACAUUCUAUAAGUAUGCUGAAUGUUAUCAAAAUAUACCGAAGAUUAUUAACAAAAUAUCCAUUACUCACACAAGCGACGCAAGCGGGUAAAAAAUAUUUUUGAAAUAUCUGAAAUUCUUUUAUCUAUUACAUGUAUAUUUUUUUCAUAUAUACAUAUAAAUAAUUAUUUAUAUCGUUAAACACACAGGCACGUUAAUGGCACUCGGAGAUCAAAUUGCACAAAAUUUAAUCGAACGAAGAAAAAUUAAAGAUUUAGAUUUUGUAAGAACAGCCCAGUUUGGAUGCAUAGGAUUUUUUCUUACUGGACCUGUCACACGAACUUGGUAUGGAAUAUUAGAUAAACAUAUUGGCUCAAAGGGAGGAAUUGUAGUAUUAAAGAAAGUGUCUUGUGAUCAAUUGCUUUUUGCACCUGUAUUUCUAAUAGUUUUACUAUCAGCAAUUGGUAUUUUACAAGGAAAUGAUUUAGAACAGUUAAAAAAAAAAUUGUAUGACGAAUAUCCAGAUAUAUUAAAGAAUAAUUACAAGCUGUGGCCUAUGGUGCAACUAUUCAAUUUUUAUUUUGUACCUUUACAAUAUCAAGUUUUAGUAGUACAGUCAGUAGCUGUAUCAUGGAAUACUUAUAUUUCCUAUAGGACAAGUUUAGGAAAAUAA